AUGGAAAUCACCUUAACAGCCACAAUUUUUAGUUUUUUUGGAUGGAAUGUUUAUUUAUUAAUAAAGAAAUAUAGAGAAAGAAUGAGAUAAAAUUAUUUACAAAAUUUGAUUGAUCAAGAAUCUGACUAUCUUAUAAUGAAUGUAGCACCAUACAAAAAAAUAAAAGUAAAUGAAGAAAAAUAAACAAUAAUUAAAAAGACUACAUCAGAGGAAUUAGAAUCAAGUUCAGACGAUUUUGAACUUAUGUAAUAUAGAAGAAGAAAAACUGUAUUAGAAGAAGUAAAAUAAGAAAAAUUUUAAGAGCAAACUUAUAUUGAAAAUACAAAAUCCUUUGAUAUGUUAACUCUGCCAAGAAGAAAAGAUCGAAAAAAUCAUAAAACUAAUAGAGAUUUCUCUUUCACAAGUUAGAACUAAGAACUAAAAGAAGUUAAAAGAUAUAGAAAAAAUUCUAAAAUUAUUAUGGAUGAUUCUUUAUUAAUUGAAAGUCCAAAAUAAACUAAUCAAAAGUCUAGCAAUAAGGUGUCUGAAAAAAAGAUUAAUUAAUUUGAAUUUUCAAACUUAAAAGAUCAAUUUGAAAUCUAAGAUUUUAGAUAAGAAUUCGAGAAUUGUAAUACAAAUUUAGUAUCUUAAAUUGAAUUGAAAUAAGAUAAUUAAAAUGUAGUUGAGAAUUAAAAUACUUCAUAAUUAUUUCCUUUGUAGCUUUUGAAACCUAUUGAAUAAACAAAUGAUAAACUUAAUUAAUAGUAAGAAGAACCUUCAAAUAUUUUUGGAAAAUUCAUAACUUAGACAAAACCUUAAUAGGAUUAAUAAUAAUAAGAGUAAAAAUAAUAAUCUCCUUAAAAAUCAUAAACAUAACCAUUAUAAAAUAAUAUUGGAUUAUUCUCAAAUGAAUUAAAAACUGUUAAUACAAGUUUAUUUCCAUUAAAUAAUGAAUAACCAAUACAAUUGUAAUUUAAUCAAAUCCAAUAAAAUUAAAAUAAUAUCUGUUAACCAGUGAAUAAUAAAUAAGUAAAUGAAUAAUAAUAACCUCAAAAAUAAGAACCAUAAAAGAUGAAUCUAUUUUAAAGUUUUUCAUAAACUAAUGUAACAGUACCAAAUUUUAAUUUAAAUAAUUAAAAUUAAGAUAAUAUUAAUUAAAAUUCGAUAAAUGAAACCAAAUAGUCAAGUAUAAAUUAAGCUAAUAUUUCUUAAAGUUUUACAUUUGGAAAUAACUCAAAUAUUCAAACAAAUUCACAAAUUGGUUUAUUUAGUGGAUUAAUAACAAAUUUGACAACUCCAACAAAUCCACCUCAAGAUUAAUAAAGUAAUAAAUAAAGUUUGUUUUCAUAACCUCCUUAAUAAACAUAGAGUAAUCCAGUUUAAUCAUAACCUAAUACAGGAACAUCCUUAUUUGGAAAUUCAAUAUUUUAAUUUCCAUAAUAAAAAGAAUAAAGCCAAUAAAGUUAAGCAGGAGGUCUUUUUAAUUUUAGUUCUAAUAUUCAAACUGGAACGGGUUUAUUCUCAAAUUUAAAAAAGAACUGA